AUGUCGGAGGUUGCCUCGGGGCUGGCUAGGCGGGCGUACUGGUUGUGUGCUAAGCGUGGCUGCAACGCUUGGAACUGGUGUGACAAGCGGUGGACGUGCAAGGCGUGUGGCACCAGUGCUCCCCCAUGGACGAAGGAGUACCGCUCCGACAAGCCCCCCCCGCGGGUGGACGCAGACGGGUUCGUGCAGCAGCCCAGGGGUAGGGCUGAGCAGCGCGCUGCGAGGCGCUCGGCCUCCCAGCGGGCCCUCUCGGGGAGCACCGCGCCCAGCAGCGCCCCCAACAGCAGGGCACGGCGAGCGCGGCCUUGGGGAGAGGCCAAGACCCAGAUCGAGGAGCUGCAGGCGCAGCUCGCGGCGGCCAGGGAGCGCGUCGACACGCUCCAGGGGGCCUCGGCGCUCGGGCUCUCAGUGGACUUCCAGCGUGAGGCGGAGAGCGCCCUCCAGCAGGGCAAGGACCAGGUCGCCGCCCUGGAGCGGUCCGUCCAGGAGGCCCAGCGGACGGAGCGCCCGCCUCACUCGGUGCUCCACAUUGAGGCCAACGCCAUCCAGAAGGUCGAGCGCCAGCUGGCCUCGGCACGUACCAAGAAGGAGAAGCUCCAGCUGCAGGCGUCCGAGCUGCGAGAGCUCAUCGCGGAGAAGCAGGAGCAGCUGUCGGCAGCCGAGUUGGGGGUUGACGAAGUCACUGGGCAGAUUGCUGAGCUGGAAGAGACCAGGGCCAAGGUCACGCAGCAGGCGAUCCAGCGGGCCAACGCAGCUGUCGGAGGCGCGCCGAGCCCGCUUGGGGACGCCGUCCAGGGGUUGCUCACUCAAGUCGGCGCCCUUUCGGAUCUCCUCAAGCAGCACGGAGCCGAUCUGCCACCCAGGUUUUCGGAGAUCGUCGAGAUUCUCAACACGCAGAAGGAGGCGGUCGCUGACGUGCUCAGGCCCCGCAGCAGCUCGGCCAGGAAGCGUUGGGGCGACAGCGUCGGUGACGACGGCCUCGCGACUGAAGAUGACGACAUGCCGAUCGACAUCGUGGCCUCAGGGCCGACCGCGGCUGGGCCGCCCGCCACGCGGGCCAGGCCAGCGGACGGGCCCUACGGCCCUGCAGCGGCCCGCGGCCAACACGGGGCGACCCUGGGCGCGUGGCCUCAGGUGGAGCCCUGCCUCGCCAAGGCCCUCGCCGAGCAAGGGGCGGCCCUCUCGGACGGCGACCCCUUGGCAGCCGUCAUCGGCAAGGCGCAGCUGGUCGGCAGGGCAGGAGGCCAGCAGCUUCGAGCUGGCCUAGUCAUGUUCGGCUGCAAUGGCAACGCUUGGAGCAGGAGCAUUGAAGCCCUCGAGGCCUUCUUCAAGGCGUACGACUACUGGCCCGACGUGGUGGCGCUGCAGGAGACGAGGCUCCCGCAUGAGCGCCUGCCCAGUGCUGCGGCUCAGGCGACCUCAGGCGGCGUGGCGAUUCUGGUGCGAGACGGCUUGCAGGCCGACGAGUCUGCGUACCCUUUGCCCUCGGCCUUGCGACACCGCCUCAUCGGGGUGGAGGUCGCCGCCGCCUCGGGCCUUCGGGUCCUGGUGCUUGCUGGGUACUUUCAGCACUCUGUGGGCCCUCGAGGCACCAACCUGGACUUGUUUUCGGCCAUCUCGGAGGUGACGGGCUCUUCUGCCGACAUCCCGUGGGUCCUCCAAGCUGACUUCAACAUGGAGCCCGAGCCGCUGGAGGAGUUGGGGUGGCCCGCUGCGGUGCGGGGGCAUGUCCUGGGACCCUCGGAGGCGACGUGCCAUGCCGAGGGAUGUGACCACCUCUACGACUGGUUCGUGGCUUCCGCGGCGUUGGCAGCCUGCACGGCCUCCUGCGCCACCACGCUCGAGGGCUUCGGUCUGCACCCUCAUCGCCCUGUUCUGCUUCGUCUCCAGGACGUUCGGGCAGAUGCGUUGGUGGAGGUUCCGUCCAGGCCCGCACGCUUCCCCGAAGUUGCCCCCGAGCUCCUUCGGGCACACGAGGACGCGGAGGUUGUCUGCUACUCGGUUGGCAAGAAAGGACAGGUCACGCCCAGGAGCGUCGCGUGGUCCUGGGACACAGGCACUUCACCGACCAACCUCUCCGUCGCCUUCAGCGAGUGGGCGGCGGCGGCUGAAGGCACCCUGGUCGGCAUCCACGGCAUCGUCCAGGCAGACUUGGCCCGUCAUCUCGGCCGAGGAGAGGGGCCGCGGCUGACCCUCAAGCCCCUCAGUGCCUUGGUCAGGCGGGAUGCCAGGUCCAGGUUCAGCCUCCUCACGCACCGCCUGAGGAGCUGCCUGGACGUGGCCCUCCAGCGGCUGCGCGCCGAGAGGACUGGCCGCUGGCACCCUCGGCAUGCAGACUGGUACGGGCACCAGGCCGGGCUCAGGGCGCAGCUCCUGCUGGAAGCGGUGCAGGAGGCUGCCGACUCGGUCGGUGGGGCUCUUCCUGGCGCAGCUCCUGAUCGACUUGGCGACCUGGUGUUUCAGGCGGGCGUCCACGGCAGCCCUGACGCCGUUCGGGACCUCCAAGGGCUGCUCGGUGCAUCGCAGCGCCGCGAUGCGGCUCAGAGCGCCCAGGCCUGGCGCAACUGGGCACAGACAGCGGUCGAGAAGGGCGGUCGUCUGGCCCACCGCUUCUCGAAGGCGACGCCCCCGCCGACGGUCAGGGACGCUGACUCUGGCAGGAGGCUCGUUGGGAUGGCAGCGAUCGGCGAGCUCACGAGUGUCUGGCAGAAGCUGUGGCUCCAGGACGGGUUUGCCCUGGGCGCUGGGGCCAGCAGCUGGGACGUUGGCGAGUGGCGGCUGCCACCCAUCUCGCUGGAGCAGCUCCAGGCGGCCUGCAAGCGCUACAGCCCCUCGGUGGGGCUCGGGUGCGACUCUCUGCACCCUCGGCAGAUCCUCCUGCUGCCCGUGGCGCUGCAGCAGCGCAUCCUGGACAUCCUGGCGGCCUACGACGACGCCCCUGCAUCGAUCAGCGGGCAGGUCUCCCUGAUGGUGUUCAUCCCGAAGGCAGAUGGAGGGGUAAGGCUCAUUGCGUUGCUGCCGCUGGUCCUGCGGCUGUGGUCGCGCCUCCGCCAGCCUCGCUGCGCCCGCUGGGAGGCGAACCAGCAGUUCGAGGCCGCGAGCCUCUUCCUGGACAUCAGCAAGUUCUACGAGCACGUGCGUCACGAUGUUCUCUGGGCGAAUGCAGUGCGUUUCGGGUUCAACCUCAGGCUGUUGCGCGGCCUCCUCACCUCCUACCAGGCCCCUAGGAUGAUCCUCGCGGCGGGCAUGGCUUCCCCCGCUUUCGGCACUACGGGUACGGUUUUGGCUGGGUGUGCGUGUGCGACAGCAGUUGCGAAGCUCCCAGUGCUGGGCGCCCUCCUGGCAGCGGGGGCGACGUGCCCUUUGGUCACGCCGAGGAAUGUUGUUGACGACAUCUCGCUCCAGGCGGUCGGCACGGCCCGACUAGUUAAGCGGCAGAUGUUGGUCUCCAGCUGUGAAGUGGUCCGCCUGCUGCGUGAGCAGCACCUCCCACUCAACGAGAGUAAGUCCGUCUUCCUGGCCUCGUCGCCGCAGCUCGCCAAGGAGCUUUCCGAGGAGUGGGCUGCGCAGGGCCUGGCCUUCAAGAGGGGACUGCAGGCGAGGAACCUCGGCACCGACGCCAACAUCACUCGUCGAGGCGUGCAUGAAGGAGCAGGGCGUGCGGUCGGCGGCCUUCGGCGUGGCCGCAGGCUCGGGGUGCUUCGCUCAGCUGGGGCGGCGACCGAGAUGGUCCACCGUGCUGGGCCCACCGCAGCGAUGCUGUGGGGGCGUACUGUGACUGGUGUACCUGAUAGGGAGCUUCAUUCGUGGCGUUUGGCGGCUGUGCGCUCGGCUGGGAAGUUCCCCAAGGGCGCCCCACUCGGGCUGAGGCUCAGAGCGGUGGAGGUCAUGCGGUCCAUCGACCUCGACCCGAGCCCCGCGCUGCUUCGGGCCGCUGUGCAGAUGGCGGCCAGCCUCCUUCAGUCGGGGGAGGUCUCGCAGCGCAUGUUCGAGGCGGCCGUGCAGGAGGCGGAGCGGAGGCACGCGGGAGCAGCAGCCCCAUGGGCGCACUGCCGUACGCCAGUGGAUGCCCUGGCCCUCUCGCUCACCAGGGUGGGCUGGAGGCUCGUCCAAGGCACCUGCCUCGCCACCGACGACGGCCACAUCCUGGACCUGCGCAUGAUGGGGCCGCGCGAGCUGGGCCUGCUGGCAGCGGCAGGGGCGCGGCGUGCUUCGGACAGGUCGGAGCUGGCCCGCCUAGGCCACGGGGCGCUCCCCCCGUUGCCCCUGUUCUGGGAGGCCUUCUCGGAGGUCCUCGGGCCGGGCAGCAAGCUCAGCCACAGGGAGAAGGCGGCGGUGGUGAGUUUCCUUUCCAACGCCCACUGGCCCCAGACCCGUCUGCACUCGGCGGGGGAGAGGGAGCAUGCUCGCUGCUGCGCUUGCGACGCACCCCGCGGCAGUCUCUGGCACAGGCUGUUCGAGUGUCCCGUCCUCGCGGGGCCGAGGUCGGAUGCCAUGGCCGUCAUGUGGCGCAAUCGCCCCGCUGACGGUCUCCUCGGGGGGCGUCUCUACCUGGAUGGGUCGGCGCUCGACCCCGAACACGCGAGCCUGCGGCGUGCGGGCUGGAGCAUCGUGCAGUGCGACUCCGACGGCAACAUGGAGUGCGCGGUGUACGGCAGUGUGCGCCAAGACCUCUGCCCUUUCCAGUCGGCCAAGGACGGCGAGGAUUUCGCGGUCUGGAUGCUGUCCCGCUUCCUGGGCCCGUGUGUGGACGAGAUCCUCAUCGAUUGUGCGUCUACGGUCAGUUGCCUCACGUUGGGCAAGAGGUACGCGACGGCAGCCAACAAGCCCAAUGCCCAUCUCUGGGAGGGGAUCUACGCUUCGCUAGACGUGGACAUGCUCAAGGUUACCAAAGUGGCAGCCCACUGCACCGCUCGUGACGUGAUGGACGGCAAGAUCACGGAGGCGGACCUCCGCGGCAACGGUCAUGCCGACCGCUGGGCCAAGGCAGGUGCGGAGCUGCACCGCUCCAGCCCCGUGGCCAGGCGUGAGUUCUUCGGCACGAUGGAGGUGGUGAGGGAGCUCUCAUGCUGGGUGGCGCAAGCCUCUCUCAUCUGGCAGGGGAUCGAGGUCAAGGACUGCGAGGGCCUGCCUGAGGGCAGCGAGCGGACGGCUGUUUCCUUCGCCGCGCCCGUGGUGGAGCCUGCCAGCAGCCGCCCGUCCGACUCGGGUUCGGGCGACGGGUGGGCCUCGGCGGCGCGCGCUGGUGGAGUAUCCCUCGGUGCGACGGCCUUCGUCGUCGCUGGCCACGUCCUGGCCUUCGCCAGGUGCGGGGAGGGCGCCGCCGAGCAGGAGCUGAUCGCUUGCACCCACUGCGGGGCGUACGCGCGGCUGGGCGGGCGCUCAGGCGCGGCGCCCAAGCUCAAGGAGCAAUGCCCAGGGUCUGCUGGGCUUCCCAAGGGCAGGCGCGACCAGAAGGCACGCUGGCUGCAGGGGCGGCAUCCUGCUGGCACGCCCCACAGCGGCAGCAAGCGGGUCGGCGCGGCAGUGCCCAGCCUGCGCAAGGAGGACGUGGUGCCGAUGGACGCCAGGGUGCGCUUCCUGCAGUGGCUGGGGGUCCGCCCCGAGGAUGGGGCCCCUGGUGGCGAUGCCGCCAGCGCCAGCCGCGGGCCCCCCAGCGGCGCGGCGGCCGCUGGAGAGGCGGCGGGGGAGCCGCUGGUGCCAGGCCCCGCGGGGGCCUCGAGGGAGGCAUGGCUGAGCGCCUACGGCCUGGACGAGGCGAGCCUCCUCGAGUGGUCAGCCGCGGCUGAGACGGCGCGCGAGGACAGGCGCAAGAGGCGCCGCCUUGCAGAUGAUGACGAGGGGUCGUGA